UGUGGAGUUCGGUUCGGUGCCGCGCGUCAGUGCUCCAGCGGACGCGAAUGCGCGCGUACAUUUAACUCGAUUCGGUUUUUAAUUCGUCACCCGACUCUCAUUCGCGUCGCGACGGAGCGCCGUGUGAGAGGAAGCGGUCGAGUGUAAUCGAGAUACCGUGCGUCGUGAGUGCCGUUGAGUGCAAAGUGCGCGUGUGAGUGAGAGAGAGAGAGAGAGAGAGAGAGAGAGAGAAAAGGAAAGGCGAGAUCGCGACGGUGUGAGAAAGCGGUGGCCGUACCGUUUGCGGAAAAGAAGAGAUCGCGACGUAUUCAAGAGUUGCUACGCGACAUUCCGAGCGUUCCCGACAUUCCGCGCGAGCGCCCAACGUGUUACCCGGAGGUAAAGAGCUGCUCCUUCGAUUUCGGCGGUGUUGCACGCGGCGAGCCCUUUUACGCGUUUCGUUUCUGUUGUGACUGACUCUCUUGACCGUACCUCUUGACGGAAUUCGAAAGGGGAAAAAGACAAAACGCGAAAGAAUCAACGGACGGCGCGAUUUUCCUCUCGCGAUCGUCUCGCGCUCGUGACUCAAUUAGCAUUCGUUGCUCCGAAGAAUCGUUGGAGCCUGCAGAAGCAGAGAAUCAGCGAGUGUGACGUACGCGCCCCAUUCACGGCUAACUUCAUACAUACGCGCACGCACAUAACCACACAUAUAUCCGCCGGUGAAUUCACGCCAGCGAUUACACGCGAAUGGAGUGACGUGGCAGCGCGUGCCACAGCCGGGUGUCGCCAGUCGUUUUUUUUUUGCGUUUUUUUUUAUUAAACCGCCACGCUAGUUCGUUCGCGCAGGGUGCGUCUGUCAAUCCAGUCCGUUCCCGUUGACCGGAGUUGCAUUUCAACACGGUUGUACUGCGAUCGUCGAUAAUCGACAAUUAUCACUGUUGUUAUUGCCGCGCCCGGCUGGACACGUCCGAGGUACAAUCGGACGCUAAUCGUUGCGCUCCAACGUUUCGACGUUGAAACGGCGCGAAACCGUCGCUGUUAAUAAUCGGCUGAUAAAAUCGGGAACGCGCGGCGCGCCAACGCUCGACUUUCGCCGGCUCGCCCUCGUCGGGACAUGCAACAGCUUCGCGUGACCUUUUAAGACGCAAUCUGCAUUUGGCUGGAACAGUGCGAUCGUGCUGGAAACGGUCGUCCACCGACUGUGUUGCAUCGACGAUCGAACUUCGAAUCUGCACGCGAAACCUCCGUGGAUUCGUUCAUCACGUGCCGUCACGAAAGAAGGGAGACGAAAGACAAUAAACGUCGGCGUUGCUGCGACAAAGAUAACAGCUCUUGACGGCCGGACGAAACGGCACAGCGCCGAUCAUCGACCUUGUCCCUUCGUGUCACGUUGUACUUCAACGCGAGAAUUAGCGAGGACCCGGUAAUUGCUGGCCGUUUCAGUGAGCCAAACCGGAGGGGAUUAUUAUCGUUUACACGAGUUCAGAAAUUUCAUAGCUGGAAAGGAUUACGAUACAGCGUGUGAUUGAUCUCUUGCCUUGAGAGAAAUACCUGGACGUCUUACCAAAUCUAAUACUGCCCAUCGUUCUGUGAUAAAACCUGUGAUAUUACCGAGAUUUCACCGAGAUUGAUGAGAGGACCUUCUUCUGUGUCUCCGGAAAUGGUUGCUGAUAAUUGUGAGACCUAAUCGGCUUAAUUUCGUCGAAUUAGUUAUUUUCGAGAAACAUAUUAAAAAAGCCUACUAAUUGUAACGACUUGGAACAAAAGUCGCAUACUUAUUCACCGCCGUACUCGAAUUACGUUUAACAGGUGGUUUGCAACUCUGCCAAUACGAGCGCAAUCCAGUCCGAGACUCCAGGCGGCUGGUCAAGCUGCGGCAAGUGUCUAGACGACAUGAGGCUCAUGCAAAGAUUAGCGAUCAGCGGACUGCUGUCCGUGAUCCUGAUCCUUCUUCUAACCGGAACAUUUAUAACACGACGCGAUCUCGCGAAUGUCGUCGAACGAGGCGUCGCGCCGGAAGAACGCAACGAACAGUUGAAUCCGGCCUGGAUACAAGAUAAUGUGGUUCCAGGACAAGAUGAGCCUGAAAUCGAAGAUAAAGAUAAAGAUAAAGAUCGACGUGUAGAUAUCAGACAUAAACAAUUUGAGCCUUCGGUGGUUGAAACGCCAGCUGUAUCUAUUCCUGGCAUUUACGUUAUUAGACCGCCUAAUCCACCUUUGGAUGAUGUGACCAAUCAGCGCCGUGAAAAAGUUAAAGAGAUGAUGAAGCAUGGCUGGGACAACUACGUACGGUACGCAUGGGGGAAAAACGAAUUAAGACCAAUCUCGAAGAGAGGUCAUAGUGCCAGUAUCUUCGGAGCUUCGAAUAUGGGCGCGACUAUCGUCGAUGGACUUGAUACUCUUUAUAUCAUGGGUCUCCACGACGAAUUCAAGCAAGGACGCGACUGGAUUGCCGAGAAUCUGGACUUCGAUAUCAACUCCGAAAUAUCGCUGUUUGAGACGAAUAUUCGUUUUAUGGGAAGCCUGCUUGCCUGUUAUGCUCUCACGGGAGAUGUGAUGUUCCGGGAUAAGGCGGCGCAGCUUGGUGAACGGAUGCUGCCUGCCUUCCAGACGGAAACCGGAAUUCCUCAUUCCCUCAUCAACCUUCAUACCGGGGCCAGUAAGAAUUACGGUUGGGCGAGCAGCGGUUGCAGUAUUUUAUCCGAAAUCGGGACAAUGCAUCUUGAGUUUACCUACUUGAGCGAUAUAACGAAUAAUCCAGUGUUCAAGAGCAAAGUUGAAAAUGUAAGGAAAGUCUUGAAGAGUCUGGAUAAACCAAAGGGUCUAUAUCCGAAUUAUAUCCAUCCAAGAACAGGAAAAUGGGGUCAACAUCAUAUGUCGCUCGGUGGGCUCGGCGACAGUUUCUAUGAGUAUCUAUUGAAAGCUUGGAUCCAGUCAGGCAAGGAAGAUGUCGAAGCACGUGAAAUGUACGACGAUGCUAUAACCGCUAUAACCCAGCAUAUGAUCAAAACAUCCCCUGGCAAACUUGUCUACGUGUCGGAUUUAAAAUAUGACAGGCUUGAGCAUAAAAUGGGUCACUUGGCUUGCUUCGCCGGCGGUAUGUUUGCUCUGGGCGCUAAAACUUUAGAAAACGAGUUGUCUGAAAAAUAUAUGAACAUCGCCGCUGGUUUGACCAACACGUGUCAUGAAUCAUAUGACAGAAGCGCUACGAAACUUGGCCCUGAAGCUUUCCACUUUAUCGAAGGCAACGAGGCCAGAAGCUUAAAAAAUGGCGAAAAAUAUUACAUUCUACGACCUGAGACCUUCGAAUCUUACUUCGUAAUGUGGCGGUUAACAAAGGAUCCAAAAUAUCGCGAAUGGGGUUGGGAGGCGGUUCAAGCAUUGGAAAAACAUUGUCGAGUUCCCGGAGGAUUCACAGGACUUAACAAUGUUUACCUAGUCGACUCGGCGAAAGACGACGUCCAACAAAGUUACUUCUUUGCUGAGACAUUGAAGUAUCUUUAUUUGCUCUUCAGCGACGACGAUCUCAUAAGUCUGGACGACUGGGUAUUCAACUCCGAGGCUCAUGUGCUUCCUAUCAAGGGCAGUCCUCUGUACCGCCCAGCUCCCUCUUUAUAAGCCAGACAAGUUCACGACAUAUUGAACGAUACUGACAAUUCUCGUUCGGCAGUGAUGGAACCGACAGACAUAUAUACAUAUGUGUAUAUAUAAUAUAUGAUAAUAUGACGAUACACAGUGGAUUAAAAUUAUA